AGGAAGUCUGGGGAUUCGGCCUCAUCAAAGAACAAGGAGUCCAAAUCCUCCUCCUCUUCUUCCUCUAAUCCGCCUCCGCCGCCCCCAAACACCUCCAAGCCGCUUCCUCAACCAGUAUCGUCAAACAAUGCAUCGACCAACCAUUCCUACGACCAAACAUCGUCGUCAGGUCGCUCAUCGUCCCCAGCAACUGCCAACCCUAGCCCAGACCGGCGAUCCAAUGCUUCGGGAAACUCAUCGCCAGUCCCCCCUAUCGUUGUCAUCAACCCUGACCCUGGCUCUGCAGAUUCUGGCAGGUCCCCAGACCGCGCUAGUAGGGGCUCUGACGGUGGAGCGCCAGGUCAGCCUCCCCGUCCUAACAACGCCUUGAAUCGCCUGAGGCCUGGCUCUGGACCGCGCGACACCAUUCCCAUGGUCGGCAAGCCUCCUCGCAAGCAGCGAAGCAGCCGCUUCGUGGUGACCGAAAAGGUUGAAAUUGAUCGUCUGCCUCCGUUUGCUGACACACCCGCAAGCGAGCGAUCCCAACUUUUUAUCAAGAAGCUCAACCAGUGCCGUGUGAUCUUUGAUUUCAAUGAUCCCAGUGCCGAGAUGAAGGGAAAGCAGGUCAAGGCAGCUACACUUCAUGAAAUGCUCGACUAUAUCACCUCCCAGAGAGGAGUGAUUACCGAGAAUAUAUACCCUGAAGUUGUCAACAUGUUUGCUAUCAACCUCUUCCGUUCGAUACCCCCACCAGUGAAUCCGACAGGCGAUGCAUUCGAUCCUGAGGAAGAUGAGCCCGUUCUGGAGCUGGCUUGGCCGCAUCUUCAGAUCGUCUAUGAGUUCUUCCUCCGUUUCGUUGAGAGUCCGGAUUUCAACACCAACAUCGCUAAGCGGUACAUUGACCAACAGUUUGUUUUGAGCCUUCUCGAGCUCUUCGAUUCUGAGGACCCAAGAGAGCGCGACUUCUUGAAGACUACCCUUCAUCGGAUUUAUGGCAAAUUCCUCAACCUCCGUGCGUUCAUCCGCCGGUCCAUCAACAAUGUCUUCUAUCAGUUCGUCUAUGAGACCGAACGUCAUAAUGGUGUAGCGGAGCUGCUCGAGAUCCUUGGUUCUAUCAUCAAUGGUUUUGCUCUACCGCUUAAGGAGGAACAUAAGACGUUCUUGACUCGUGUUCUGAUCCCGCUUCACAAGGUCAAGAGCCUAUCGUUAUACCACCCCCAGCUUGCAUACUGUGUGGUGCAGUUCUUGGAGAAAGAUCCCUUGCUAGCCGAGGAUGUUAUGAUCGGACUGCUCCGCUACUGGCCCAAGGUCAACUCGUCUAAGGAGGUUAUGUUCUUGAACGAAGUCGAAGAAGUAUUGGACGUCACGGAUCCGGUGGAAUUCCAGAAGAUCCAAGUCCAAUUGUUCACACAGCUAGGCCGUUGCAUUAACAGUCAGCAUUUCCAAGUUGCCGAGCGUGCUCUGUUGUAUUGGAACAAUGAGUAUGUCGUCAACUUGAUGACAGACAACUUGUCGGUCGUCCUACCUAUCGUCUUUCCGGCUUUGUAUAAUAACUCGAGGGCUCAUUGGAACCGAACCAUACAUGGGAUGGUAUACAAUGCACUCAAGUUGUUCAUGUCGAUCAACCCCGAGUUGUUCGAUGAAGUCAUGCAACAAUACAAGCAACGCAAAAUUGAUGAACAGCAGCAUGCUGUUGAGCGCUACGAGCACUGGCAGAAAGUUCGAGAGAGAGCGGUGCAGAAUGCGAGUGGCAAGCUACCCACGGGUUACAGAGAAAUCGAGCACCCUCCUCCACCGUCCCCUGUGCCUGACGACUCGGACAUUAUGGACCUGUCGAUGGAACUGAAUGCCGUCUCAAUAGACGGAGAGGUUCCUGUCGACCUGGAUGACAGUGGAAUUGAGAGGGUACCUAUGGCAGAUCCUGGACUUGAGAUUGGAGGUGAGCCACAUUCACCAAUUGGGCAAGGCCCCCACGUGCGACGAAAGAGCGUUCUGCCCGUUGAUCCAACCGUUAUCCGGGAUCUUCAGGCGCAUCGUAGUUUAGAUGACACGGUCGCACCAAAUCCCCACACGAACGGGGCUUAGCUGCCAAUAUCUACCCACUUAUAUGGGAGUUGUUGUUCUUCACUUAGUAUUCUUGACCGUUCUUGCCCUGUGCUACCUCCCAUGUACUGCCGGUCCUUACUUCCGCCUCCACCGUCAUUCAAUAUCUUAUGUUUGUUCUUCGUUGGAGUGUAGUUUCCCGAUAAAUCCGCAAACGUAUGCCUUUUCUCCCUUUUUCAUUACCACAGAUAACAUACAUACCUACUCCUAGAACGUAAACUCGG